AAACAGCUUGUUCUCUUAGGUGAUUCUGGUGUUGGUAAAAGCUGUAUUGUUCUACGAUUUGUACGUGGUCAGUUUGAUGCAACAUCCAAAGUGACUGUUGGAGCUUCUUUUUUGUCGCAAACAAUAGCUCUGCAAGACUCUACAACAGUAAAAUUUGAAAUAUGGGAUACUGCUGGUCAAGAGAGGUACGCCGCAUUAGCACCUCUCUAUUACCGAGGUGCAGCAGUUGCAGUUAUUGUCUAUGAUAUAACAAGCCCAGAAUCUUUUAGCAAAGCACAGUACUGGGUUAAGGAGCUACAAAAACAUGGAAGCCCUGAUAUAGUGAUGGCACUGGUCGGUAAUAAAGCUGAUCUUCAAGAGAAGCGGGAAGUUGCUGUCCAGGAUGGCACUGAAUAUGCAGAGAAGAAUGGUAUGUUUUUCAUAGAGACAUCUGCAAAGACAGCAGAUAAUAUAAAUGAACUGUUUGAGGACAUUGUUGACUAUGCCACUAGCAAGCUUCCCCCUGAUGUUCUUGCUGCCUGAAGAUAGUUGUACUUGUAACAAACUCAUAUAGACCUAUUGGAGGGGCUAAAGAUGAUCUUGAAAUAGGAAUUCCGUCCUACAAAAUCCAAGAUUGCAUCUUUUCCAUCAAAGGUAAUAAUCUUGGUCUUGGAAUACAUAAGGGAGCUAACUACUAAAAAAUAUUUUAGGUUAGAGAAACCAUAAUAAAAUGGCCAGGGUUAUAUUUUGAGGUUACACAAGAUUGGUACUUGUAGAGAAGUUCAACAAUCUUGCCAGAAAGCACUAACUUCUAGGCAGCCUCCUAUAUAUGAAAAGGAUCACGGCCUCUGCUAAUUAUGAACUGAAGAUAUUAAGA